AUGCUUCACGCGCUUCUGAGCACAGACUCAUUGCCGAAAAAUUUGGCUUAUACAACGCUUGGAAGCGGCGGCGACGGUGACAGAGUGCAUGGUGGGAAGCAAGCGAGUGUCUCUGUUACUCAAUCGCUCCGGGACGUUGGGAUAACUCAGUGGGGCGGCGUCAAGGCUGGCGGCUGGUUUGGUCGCCACUCCAUAUUUUUUGGCUUCAUGCGAGUGCUUGGGCGGCGUCGGCUGUUUAUAGGCCUUCUUGUAACUUUAUUUAUGGUCGUGACGGUGCUCAUGCAAACAGGUCUUGGGACGCCUGAGCCAGAUGGCGCUUUGUCGAAGUUGCAGGCUGACCUUCUCGCGUGUCAAUCCCAGUUGCGGGUGAAGAAGUCCCCUCAGUAA